AUGUGUGGUAUUUUAGCAAUUUUAAACUCAUUAGAGGAAGCUAGCAAAUUAAGAAAGAAGGCUCUUUCAUUAUCAUCAAGAUUAAGACAUAGAGGUCCAGAUUGGAACGGUAUUUAUCAAUCAUCCGAUUCAAUUCUCACCCAUGAACGUUUAGCUAUUGUCGGUUUAGAGAACGGUGCUCAACCAUUAUUGAAUGAAGAUGAAACUAUUGCCCUCACUGUAAAUGGUGAAAUUUAUAACCACGAGAAAUUAAGAGAAGACUUGGUUGCCACUGGUAAACAUACCUUUAAAACCCAUAGUGAUUGUGAACCAAUUUUACAUCUCUAUGAAGAUAAAGGUGAUGAUUUCGUUCAUAUGUUAGAUGGUGAUUUUGCAUUUGUUGUCUAUAACAAAAAAGCAAAUUCAUUUUUAGCUGCUCGUGAUCCAAUUGGUGUUGUACCAUUAUAUAUUGGAUGGCAUAAAGAUGGUUCAAUUUGGUUUUCAUCAGAAAUGAAAGCAAUUAAAGAUGAUUGUUAUAAAUUCCAACCAUUCCCACCAGGUCACUAUUUUUCAAGUAAAACUAAAGAGUUUGUAAGAUAUUAUAAACCAAACUGGAUUAUGGGUGAUUCACCAAGUGGAGUUUUAAAGAGUGAAGAACAAGUAUUACCAGCAAUUAAAGAAGCAUUUGAACAAGCAGUUGUAUCACGUAUGAUGAGUGAUGUACCAUAUGGUGUCUUAUUAUCAGGUGGUUUAGAUUCAUCAUUGGUUGCAAGUAUCGUUAGUAGACAUGCAGAACAAAGAGUUGAAGAUCAUGAAAAAUCAAGAGCAUGGUGGCCAAGAAUUCAUUCAUUCUGUAUUGGUUUAAAGGAUGCCCCAGAUCUUAAAGCUGCACGUGAUGUUGCCGAUUACCUUCAAACAGUUCAUCAUGAAUAUCAUUUCACAGUUCAAGAAGGUAUUGAUGCAUUACCAGACGUUAUUAAACAUUUGGAAACCUAUGAUGUCACCACCAUUAGAGCUUCCACUCCAAUGUAUUUCCUCUCUAGAAAAAUUAAAGCUAUGGGUGUUAAAAUGGUUUUAUCCGGUGAAGGUUCUGAUGAAAUCUUUGGUGGUUACCUCUAUUUCCACAAUGCUCCAGAUGCCAAUGAAUUCCAUGUUGAAUGUUGUCGUCGUAUCAAAGCUCUCCACAGUUUUGAUUGUCUUCGUGCUAAUAAAUCCACCGCUGCUUGGGGUGUUGAAGUUCGUGUACCAUUCCUUGAUCAACGUUUCCUUGAUGUCGCCAUGAACAUUGACCCAUCUCACAAAGUUUGUCAUGAUGAUCAAGGUAAAAAGAGAAUGGAGAAAUAUAUCCUCAGAAAAGCUUUUGAAACUAAAGAAGGCGAAAAACCAUACCUUCCAUCAUCUGUCCUUUGGAGACAAAAAGAACAAUUCUCUGAUGGUGUCGGUUAUAGUUGGAUUGAUGGCUUAAAGGAAAAUGCCGAGAAUGAAGUUUCCGAUGAAGAGUUUGCUAAACGUGAAUCUUACUUCCCAGAUGAUACUCCAACCACCAAAGAAGCUUUCCUCUACAGAAAAAUGUUUGAAGCCAUCUAUCCAGGUAAAGAAUGUAUGGAAACCGUUCAACGUUGGAUUCCAACUUGGGGUGCCUCACAAGAUCCAUCAGGUAGAGCUCAAAAAGUUCAUUUAAGUACAACUGAGUAA